AUGCUUAAGAGCACACCCACAAAUUCGAGUACAGAAUGGAUUAAAACUUUGAUCGAAGACGGUGAACUAAAAUUGAUAGAUAGUUCUGAAUUUGAAAUCGAUCAGGUCUGCUAUUCUAUCGGGAGUUUUAGUUUAAUAGAACUUCAUCGUUGGAAAACGAAAAAUAUAAAAGUAGUCCUGAAACAUACAGCCGAACUAUUAGAUAGUGAACAGGAUACACACGAGAGUCUUAUUCGAGAGUUAAAAGUAUAUAAAGAAAUCUACAAAGUUAAAGAGAAUGUAGUUCAUGACCCUAAUGAGGAAACAAGUAACGUUAAACGAAAAGGUUUCGAUAAUAUUCUUAGAUUCUACGGAAUAAGUUACUUUGAAGGAGUAGAAAAAGACUACAAGCUUGUUCUCGAAUACGCGAACAAAGGAGACCUACGUCAGUAUAUGAAACGUAAUGGAGCCAUGAUGGAUUGGAUCGAAAAGAUUAAUAUUGUUUGUCAAAUUCUAAAUGGUCUUUUUUUUUUACAUUCCAAUGAAAUAUUACACCGUGAUUUGCAUACCGAAAAUAUUUUAGUUCAACAAUCUGAAACUGAAGAAAUACGUAUACUUAUAGCUGAUUAUGGAUUUUCCAAGGUUCUAUCUCGUGGCAGUUUAUCGAUAUCCCAGAUUAUGUUUGGAAAAAACGUAGAAAACAGAAAGAAUGAUGAUUAUCGAUCGUCAAUAAACGAAGAGGAAUUGGAUGAUCUAAUUGAUCGACUUAUUCGACUUAAAAACUCGCCAGACAAAACAUCUCUAAAAGAUGUUCAUUUGGUUUUGAAAUCAACACAAGACAACAACGAAGAG